AGACAUUUAAACUCAGCUGAGAGACACAGCGGGGCGACGGCACCGAAAAAACAGGCUGAUCCAAACCGUCAGUAUUAUUAUGCAGCAUGACUCUGCGAGGACGAUGCCUGUGUUUGUUCUCUGUAAAGGAAAACCCUUCCUGAUCUCUGCCCACCACCAUGAUGAUGAAGAUGAUGAUGAUGAUGAUUAUGAUGAUGAAGCCAACCCCCACAACUUUGCUGAAGCUCUUCCGGAGGAGAUGAGCGUGAAGAUCUUCGGGGAGCUGGACGCUGAGAGUCUGUGCAGCGCCUCGCGGACCUGCAAGCUGUGGCACGACAUCAUCGAGGAGAGCGAGCAGCUGUGGAGGAGCCAGUGUCUGCUGGUCCGAGCCGUCUGUCAGAGAGAGGUGGACAGAGACAGGAGAGACGGCCUGUCCUGGAAGGUGACGUUAGUGAGGAACUACAGUCGCAGCUGUCUGAAGAGAGACUGGCUGCGAGGACGAUACAGCCACGUGAGCUCAGCGGAGGAGCUGAUGGGAAGGAAGAUGGUGCCGCUGGACGCAGAGACCUGGGGCGAGAUCCUGCAGGCCGAGCUCGACAGAUGACCCGCCGGAUUUAAUUUAAAGCACCUCGAGCACUUCUCACUGUCUCAUUUUUAACUCUAAUGUAUAUAUAUUUUAUACUCCUGUGUGUGUUUAACGGUAAUAAACACAAAUAAUUGUACAUAUUUUUUAAUCUUUUUAAAGAAAAUAAUGGUGGAUAAUGGUGAAAUGAAGCAAACAGAAUCAUUACUGGCUGAAUUUAGUCAUUUCAAAUAGUGAAAGAAAUCAAAGACAGAGCUGUGAUGUAAAUAUGGCUGAGAUGCAAUAAAUCACAUUUUUGAGAA